CAUGAUGGCGGGGAAUCGAAAUAAGGUGUUUCCCGCAAUGAGCGUCAAAAGAGAACCCCCGCCCAUCACCGACGCAAGUCGGCGGCGCGCCACUCUAACCCGGAAGUGGGAUAGCCUGGAGAAAGAACUCAAAUCCAACGAACAUGUUACUUCCCGUAUUGAGGCCAAGCAGCAACAGUCAGAGACAAUGAGCACGUCGACAUUCGACGACGUCUCCUCGACAUCAUCGUCGUACCAAACAACGCCAUCGCCUAUGAGUGUCUACCACAGGGGUAACCGGUCAGAACGGAGGAACGCCAAAACCAAGAAGAAGAAACAGGAACCAAAAAAGAAGGAAAAGGAAAAGGAUGCCACAACCGUAUUAGUGGACAAACUCCACUCAUCGCUGGACAAUCUUGACCGUUUCCUUCAAACGAAUCUCCAGGAUGAGAUAUUUCUGGCCCGUAAGGACAUGAUGCCAAAACACUUUGAGAAAAGUGAGAAGUUGAGGAGCCGUUGGAAGAAACUGGAACAAGAUCUGGUCUACGAGGAACUUCUCGUCACCAUCAACGAUGCCAAGGAUAGGAAGAAAAGUACCGGAAGUAAUCCUUUGACUCCAAUUGGAGAGGAACCUGAAGAAAAGGGGCCAAAGUCAGCGACCUCUGACAGUCAUCGACUCAGUCCGGAAGGAGCCAGUUCCCAUGACAACGACGUGGAACACGAAAAAUCUAGCUCUACAAAAGGUAAAGGUUCAUCUAAAAGCAAACCUAAAGGACGACAAGAAAGUGUUCAUAGUAAUGGAAAGGAAGUUGAAAAACAUCACACCAAAGCUGAUAUUCACAAUGCCCCAGAGCAACGAAUUACAAACUCAAAAUUAUCAAGAAAUACCGAGGUGGACGUACUAUUAAGUGAUGUGCCUUCAGAGGAAGAAUAUCGUUCACAGGAGCACCGAUCUUCUAAGAAAAUAUCAACUCAAAGUGAUAUAUCUUUGAAAAGAAACCAAACGUUUGAAGGUUCUAAUGACAGUUUUGAGAAAAGAGUUUCAACAGUGUCAAAUCCUAGCUAUGUGCAAAGCAGAAAGACGUCAGUUCUCAGUAAAAAUUCGAAUAGUAACAUUACACUUCUAAGUAAACAAUCUACAAUUGUGUCGACUCAGUCAACUACCAUUGGAGAUGAACUGGCCGAAGACGAAGAGGAUGAGGAACUUGGCGAGGAAGAUGAUGAAGAGAACAUUGAAGAAGAUGAUGAGGAGAUAGAAGAGAAUGAAGAUGAAUCAGUGGAGGAGGAGGAAGGAGAAGAGGACGAGGACGAAGAAGACGAUGAGGAAGAAGAAGAUGACGAGGAAGUAGAUGAAAAUGAUGAGGAAGAAGAAGAUUUACAACCGUUGAUGGAAUCAGAAAAGAAUAUUAGAGAUGAUUCUCAGAUUAAAUCUAUGGUAGAGGCAGAUGUUGAAGAUGAGGAAAAUAUUACUGAAAAUGAGAAGUUAAAAGAAGCUGAGAUUGCUCAGGAGGCUGUUUCGGAAAGAGAUUCCGUAAGUCAGUGUAGCCCUGGAAGAAAAGACAGCACAGAGGAAGAGGAAGAAAAUGAGAAUGGUGAAGACAAUGAUGAAACUGAGAUCGACGAUGAUGAGGAAGAGGAGACAGGGGUCGAAGAUGACACAGAAGAGGAAGAAGAGGAGGAAGAAGGGGAAGGAGAAAUGGAAAAGACGAAGCGAAAUUCAGUAAUAGUAAGUGAAUGUAGACCAGAGAUUGAUAGACAUCCAGUGUCAAAGGCCAAUGUUCUUGCGCGACAGGAAAAUGUACAGGAAGAUGUACAGGACUUGGAUGAAGAUGAUUCAAAUAGUGAUGAAGAUGAUAAUGAUGAUGAAAAUGAAGGGGAGGAAGAAGAUGAUGAAGAAGACAACGAAUGUGGAAAGAUCGAGGAAAACUUAGAAGACGACGAAGAAGAAGUAGAAGAAGAAAACGAAGAAAAGAUUGAAAAUGCAACAAACAAAAAGGAAGUCAAAAUGUCACAUAAAAUGUCCGAAGAGUCUUCUGAAAACCAAAUGUACGAAAAUGAUCAUGACACUGACCCCAGCAGUGGGGAGAUAAAGACACCGUUAGAUAUUCAAAUAGGGCAUAAAGAAUCAACACGUAGUCCUAAAAAGAAUAGCAUUUCGAAGAAAGAGACGAUAUCAGACCAACCAGUGUUUUCAAAUGUUAGAAGUGUUGUAGAUUGUGUGUUAGGUGACAAGAACACAUCAGUAGUGAACUGUGACUAUCAGAAUCAAAUCACCGUCGACAAGAAUCAAAAUGGUAUUGAAAAUCAAAAUCAAAAGAAAAGAUCAACAACUCCCGAGACGUUGAUGGGUGAUGGAGGGGUAUACAUUCAUCGACCGAAGAAGCAGAGGAAGAAGGAACGUCCACCCUCUACACCUCAUAGUCGACAUGGAAAACGUAAAGGCAAAUACGAAGAGAAUCCCUAUAUUGCUACUGCUAAUGAAAUCAGAAGACAAAUACACCCAACGAGAGUCGAGAAGAACAUUACAGAUACGAAAACGAAAGACCACAAAACUCAUUCUAGAAGAGGAAAGGUUCCUAAGAUGCUGGGUCUAGUGAAUGAAUUAAGUUCACCGAGAGUUCACAUGAGCAUAUCACCUUCAACACGUAAUGAUAACCACGUGUCACCAAGAAGCAGACUUGGUAGUCAUUCUGAAAUCAAUAAAAGAGAAAUAAAUAAACGACAGAGUAAAUCCAAAUCUCCAGCUUCAAAGUCCACAUCUUCAAGGGACAGGAGUAGGAAAAGGAAUGUUUCAGAAACGUCAAAAGCACCCGCACUCCUCUCUGUAAGUACUGAAAUGAUGGUACUCCAUAAAGACAAGAUGCAUGCUAAUCCAAAGGAUGGAUCACCCAUACAUGCACACAAUAGGAACCGAAAAUCUAAAUCUAACAAGAAUGGUAAAUUGAAAAAAGAAACAGAUCUGUCUUCAGAAAAUCAAGAAGAUUCAUUUCCACUGAGUGAACCAAGCACACGUGUACGAAAACAAGGUGAAGCUUGUCUCAAACAACCAACCAGUAAAAUAGACACUGACAAAAGUGGGGUUGAAAUGAGGAAUAAAGAAUUGGGCAAAAGUGACGAAGGUGCAAUUUCACAACCAGACAUACUUAGUGCUUGUAAAGAAGGUAGCUCAGAGUCCAAACUUAAGCAAAAUGAGAUGGGUUCAGUAAGAACUAAAUGUGAUGAUGAUUCAAAGAAACCUGAUAAGAGCUCAAAAGAUAAAGCUCCUAGAAAGAGCGUAGUAUGCAGAGAUGAAACAGUUUCUUUAUUCAGAAUACAAAGUAAGAUUAAGGAGGAAGAAAGCGUGGCUAAUGCCUUAGAAGGCCAACCGGAAAGGAAAGCUAAAAAAAGUAGGAAAUCAAAAGGCCAAAUGGUGCAAAAAAAAGAAGCCUCAUCUACCAGAGAUGAAGGAAUGGAUGUAAUGAAUUAUGUACGCAGACCACGCAUCGUCUAUGAUAGUGUGAAGACUAAAAAUAGUAACGAUACUGUGAAAUUGAAAACUUCCCGCCCGAGACGUGCCAAGAAAUCAGUUGUUAGAGCAGAAGGUGUUAACAGUGACGCAGUGACAAGUGUUUACGACGGCAAGGUAGAAGUGAGGACUUCAGGCGUGAAGCAUAAAAAGAAGGGAAAAGAUAAAACGAAAAAAGUGUGCAAAAGUCAAAUAGUUGUGUAGAUCUAGAAUCCCAGGCAACAUCAGAAGGAUCUGACUCAUCAAAGCAUAGACUAGAGUCACAGCCAGGGGUUUCGAAACCAUCGAAAGAAAUGAUGGAGCGUGCUCGAGAAGCGAAAGAAGUGUACACUCCACCGCGUCCUUCUCUGGGAGAGAAGAGGGCAGAAAGAGUCAAGGCUGUAGAAGAGAUCAGAGCUGAGGAGAAGAGGCAAGAGGAGAGGAUAAGGAGGAAGAAGAAGCAUGAUGUAGAAAAAAGGAAAUCAAAAUCAAAGAAAUCGAUUGAUUUUCAUUAAUAUAUUUUAUUUAAGUUCACUUAGAGACAUCUACUGGUAUGUCUAAUUUGAAGAUCCCUCCAUUGUCUCAAUCUGUCGUUACUUUGGCGGAGAUGCCUUGUGAAUAUAA